AUGAUACUGAAGGGAGAACUGGAGCAACAGCGGGCAGGGAGGGAACAGAAGCGAGCAAGUGAGCGUGCAGGAAACCAUCUCAAAUCCUUGAGUGGUGCUGAUACAUCACUCGCGGUAUCAGUCCCUUGCCUUAAGUGGGGCCACUUCCUCCUCGACCCUCUGCGCCUCCACCUCGGCCCGCUCAUCGCACUCGGUGCUUCGGGGGAGGUGCGCCGAGGCAGGGAUGCUGCCCCAUAUCUCCUCGUCUCCCCCUUGAGAACCCAGCUGGUUCAAGCCCCAAUGUCGCCACCCCGUCACCGCCUCCUCCGCCCUCUCUGCCCGCGUGCCCCCUCACCCCCCCUCUCCGUCUCCCCUUGCUUCCUCUCCUAUACUCUCCUCUCCCGUCCUCCUCCUGAAACCCGCUUGCCCUCUUCCUGCUGCUCAUUCUCACCCCUCUCUUCCGCACUGUCUCUCUCCUCCGCCAUGACCCCCCAUGUGCACCGCACCAGCUGGGGAAGAGCACAGAGGGCGGCCAGCGCUUGGUCCAUGCUUCCAGCAUGGGGGUUGGCGGUGGUCAUAGUGGUGGUGUGGGGGAGGGAUAGGGAGAAAGGUUGGGGGGUUGAAGGGAAGAUGGGGUGUGGAGAUGGGGGGGUUGGUGGGUGUGGAGGAGGUGGUUGGGGUUAUGAACUGGGAGGAAGAAGGGAGAAGAAGCCAGGAAAAGGGGAUAAGGGGAUGAGGGGAGGAGGGGAAUUGGGGGGAUAA